CGAAGAAGGAAAAACUCCGCUGGCUCGCGAUGUCUGGCAGGGAUCGAACACAUGGGCUGCAGUCAGCAGGGGGAGCUGUGAGCUCCUGGAGUUGGCGAAGCUGAUGAAGGAGCAGUAGACGGCGAUCCAGGCGCACCACUUCAACUACAAAACAAAAGCAACAUUUCAUUGGCUCUUGGCACGCCAUGGAGGCAUUGGCACGAUCUGUUGUCUUGCAUUCACCAACAUUCUGUGCGUCUGCGUUUCUGUGUCUAUGUGGACGUUUGUGUUUGUCUCUCUCUGUGUGCUUGUGUGUUUAUGUGCAUGAAUGCGUCGUGUGUGUGUCUGUCACUGUAUGUGCAUGCCUGCAAGUGUGUCUUGUUUGUGUGCAUAUAGCUGUGUAAUGUGUGACUGUCUGAGUGUUCCUGCAUUGUGUGCGCGUGUCUGUAUUCAUGUGUCUGUGAGUGUCAAUGUGGGUAUUUACGCAUAGCUGAGUGUGUGUGUGUGUGUCUGUGUGGGUGCACAGUGUUGUGUGUUUGUGCAAGUGUAGCUGUGUGUAUCAGAGUGUGUGUGGUUGUCUGUGCCUGUGUCUUAAGUGUAUGUAUGUAUUUGUGAUUGCGUGUGUGUAUCUGACUAUGGUUUGUGUGACCGUGAGUGUGCGUCUAUGUGUGUAUCUGAAUUUGUGUCUUGUCUGUGUCCACAUCUUUUGUGCAUGUGUCACCUUGAGCAUCAGCCCACACAUGCUGAAGAUCAUGCCCAGCAGGUUCAUGUAGUCUGGCGUGGGGUCCUCCAGUGUGGGGUUGGUCUCCGUGGUGGGGGGCUUGUACCUGCCACAGGAAUUUAACUGUGUCAUGUGUUCAUGCUGCCAUUUUCUGAUACAUUCGUUCCCCACAUGAUGUCAGCUGACAGCUUUAAUCGCUUUACGACGAGCUCAGUUUGCCACCGUUAGCAUUUAAGCUAUCAGGCAAGCGGUGAGAGCCUACAAAACCACCAAGAAACUCACCGUAGUAUCUUGUUUUGUCUCCUGGGAUCCGACAUGUUGUUGGAGGACAUAUUAGUUACAAUAAAUGUGCUACUUCGGUGAAAAUAACGAUUGUUUCAGGUUGCUUGAUAGUGACUGAAAUUCAGUUGCUCGUACAUGACUAGUGAAUGGACUUCAAGUGGGAGGGAUUUCCUUUGUUCUUCAAAAUGAAAGCAUACACCGCUAACAGAAUCAACAUUCAAAUGGGAAGAAAUAUUGUGACCUCUUAUUUUGAAAAGUACUCAAACAUCUCACGAAGCCGAAAUGACGUACCUUGAUUUCCUCUUCAACCGCGGAAGUAGUACUAAUGGCCGCACAAACAUGGCUUUAUGCAGAAAAUUGAACGGACUAAUGGAUACAUCGCUAAUAUUAAGGUGCAUUGAUUCAAAGUAGCAGUAUAUGACCACGUAGUUUUAACGUUAAAAACCAUAGCCAGCAGGCAGUAAAUUCUAGGAGAUAAGAAAGUGUAAAUCUUCAAGAGCAGCGAGAUUCAAUUUGUCACCUCUCCAGUUCCGACUUUUGACAGGUUGAAUGCACCAUGUCGUUUCCUCUCCCCAAACCUCAGACUCCUCAGCUUCCUCAACAUCUUCUCCGCACCAUCGACUGUCAACAAGGAGCCGUCAGAGCAGUGCGCUUCAAUGUGGAUGGUCAGUACCUGCUCUCCUGCGGUGGUGACAAGUCUCUGAAGCUCUGGAGCGGCAGCCGAGGGACGCUGCUCAAGACGUACAGCGGCCACGGAUAUGAGGUUCUGGAUGCUGACGGGUCAUUUGACAACAGUAAUAUCUGCUCGUGCAGUUCUGACAAGACUGUGAUCCUGUGGGACGUGGCCACGGGUCAGGUGGCUCGAAAACUACGUGGACACGCCGGGAAAGUCAACUGUGUGCAGUUCAACGAAGAGGCCACCGUCAUUCUGUCUGGCUCCUUAGACGGGACGGUGCGCUGCUGGGACACCAGGUCCCGUAAGAACGAACCCAUCCAAGUUUUGGACGAGGCCCGGGACAGCGUCAGUAGCCUGAAGGUGUCCAAACACGAGGUCCUCACCGGGUCUGUGGACGGCCAAGUGAGACGUUACGACCUGAGGAUGGGACAGCUUCACGUGGACUUCCUCAACAGUCCCAUCACAUGUGUAUGCUUCAGUCAGGAUGGCCAGUGCACGCUCAGCUCCAGUCUGGACUCCACAGUCAGAUUGCUGGAUAAGAGCACGGGAGAAAUGCUGGGAGAGUACACUGGACACACGAUGAAGGGAUACAAGCUUGAGUGCUGUCUGUCCAGCAAAGACACUCACGUGCUGAGCUGCUCUGAGGAUGGACAUGUCUACUUCUGGGACUUGGUGGAGGGUUGUUUGUCGAUGAAGCUUCCUGUGGGCAAAGCUGUGGUCCAGUCUUUGUCCUUCCACCCUACGCAGACGCGCCUCCUCACCGCCAGCGAGGGCCGCGUACAAGUGUGGGCGGCCGAGCUGGAAGAUCCUGAUGAAAAUGACAAUGACAAUGUCACCAUGGCAACGUGAUUUGCCGCUUUAAAGCAUCUGGACAUUUGCAUUUAUUUUUGUGAAACAGGAUCACUGCUAAGUGAACCAUGAUGAGCCACAAUGGCAGCUUAGCACAGAUGCUAACAUAGUAGAAGCUUUAUCUGAAAGAUCAAAGAAGACUUGGUGGAAACUUUAACGUUGUUCUACUCGAUCUGAUUGGACGCUCAUGGAUCACAUUGUACACACUUCGUCCAAUGACAAUUAUUAUUAUUAUUAUUUUUUUUUUUUAAGUACCUGCCUUACAAAACAUUUUCUGUUGACUAAUGUGAUGUCUAAGUAACCUUCCAUUAAAUCAGCUCCC